AAUUAUUGAUCCUGCUUGUGAAACGUUGAUUUCGGUAGUAUCGAAGAGCAAUAGCGAUUCCAUCCCAUCCCGACCCUUAAACGAUGGAACGUAAACAACGCAGCAUACCCGUGCAAGCGCACGUCAGUCCCGAUUGUACCACCCAGCGUACGCAAGUAAAAACAAAAGGUGGUGCGAAAGAAAUUGCAAAGCGCUGUUCGUGAAGGUAGCGGGGGGGCGGCAAUGGUACCGGGGGCCAACACACCUGUCAAAAACGCGAAAGAAAUCUGCAAAGCCCAAUCCGCCAACGACGACGACGACGACGACGAACGAUAACGUUGAACAAUAACAAUAACAGUAGCAGCAACAUAACUAGCAACAACCUAGCUCAGCGCAGUGUUCGGUUUGCGCCACCAAAUGUAGGUGAAGGAACAUCGGAAAGAAGAAAAGUGAAACGAUAAUCCCCCCUUGAAAAGAGAAAGUAUCUGGCGCUAUCGCGUCGAGGAAGUCGUCUUCCUUUACGGGCAUUAUUUACCAUUUUCGUGUGGUGUCCGUGCGUGUUUGUUGGUGCGUUAUUCGAAGAAUCGAAUUCUCUUCAGGCCCCUGGCUGCGGAGAGGUUCCUUAGCUUGCUAAUGCACUGCGUAAGGUUACUUGCGCUUUUCUUGCCCAUUGUUUCCUAACCAGCACGGGAAAGAAGAACCUUCACCGUCUGGUAGGUACGUAUCGUAUCGUAUAGUGGAACUCCCAAAAACGAUUGUUGCAAACUAAAAAGUCUUUAACUCCGGCAAAGCAAAACACACAAAAAAGAAAUGCAACCAAGAAGAAUGUGUGCGGGUUAAUUGUUGUUUUUUUUACUAAUUUCUAUCGUGCUUUCAAAAAGUAAAACGCACUACGUUGCUACCUUAAAAUAUGUUUCACUAAAUCAUCUUAAUGUGACACAAUCCUGUCCUGCGUGUAUGUGUGUCAGUUAUUUUAUUUUUUUUUUGCUUUGCCUUAUUUCGUGUUUCGUGUUGCUUAUUUAGUGCGUCGUGCGUAACCGUACCGACGGAUUGUGUCCGCCAAACGCGGACGAGCGAAAAAGUAAGGAAAAAGAAUACAUAAAUAAACCGACGUAACGUCAAACGCGUCUCGCGGUAUCGCUCGCUCCCGGUAUAGCCGUAGGCAAAGGCCGCAAGUGAUAAGGGGCGCGCUCGAGUUCAAGCUGGAACCUGUAACCCGAAGUGGUAUAGGGUGGUGUGUUAACCACUGAUCGAGCCCCUCCCUCCCAAGUGUUUUGAUCGUGACCGGUUCUGAGGGAAAUGUGUAACAUUUGCUGCUGCAGGAAUAUUGGCAGUGUGGCGUGGUAGAAGCUGUUACAAUCCGAACGGUGCUUUCUGUGAAUUCUUCCGUGGUAAAUACAGAAACAUCUCGUGCGUGGAAAUCUGUUCUCGGACGCUUCAACACCUGCCAGAGGGGAAAGAGGCGACGUUGAUCGCGGCGCUUUAAACGUGUGUUCCAAAGCGCUUGGAAAAGCUGGGUGAACUAUAUCUAGGUCAUCUGGUGGGGAUACUGUUAACGCUGCUUGUCAACUUGGAGGAAGCAACCCGAUUUUGGUCGAAAAUACGGAGAAGAAUGGAUGGCAGCAGUGGAGGAGGAGGAGGUGGUGGCGGGGCAAACAGUGGCCCACCGAGCGCAGCCCUUCCUUCCUCGUCCUGCCUGAUGGCGACCGAUGCAGACAUUACCACCUACCUUGGCAACUAUCCACAGUAUUCCUCGCGGCACUGUGUACCGGGCAGCAGGGGGGUUAGUGCCACUGCUGGGCUAGCAAACGGAAUCACCUCUACCGGCCGGUGGGAAACAACGACUGCCAGUACGAUACCGCGUAAGAAAAGCUGGUCCGAGCUGAAAUCGAUCGUUAGCGAAUCGCGUCGACAAAUGGCUACUACGAUGGCUGCAUCCUUUCCGAUGAGCGUAAACUUUCGCACCCUGUCCGAUGGGAGGACACGGGUGUACUUUCUCAGCCCUCCACCGGCAAACGGAUGGGACACAAUACUGUUUUUCGUGGAUGUUCCGAAUACUCAGGGUAAAAGGUGCGACAGAGAAAAGCACACGGAGGACAGCGAUAUCGAUGCGGAUGAGCUAAGGUCCGAUGGUCGACAGAAGCAUCAUCUCGAGUGGCACCAAUUGCUUGAGUCAGUGUUGGGCCAUCUGCCGACAGCAAACUCCCGUGAGGUGCAACUAAUGCUCGAACGAAAGCGUCUCUCCAUCUGGGGCAUCACCUCGUACGAGCUUCACAAAUCGAGCGGCAAAAUUGUGUUCCCUGCCUGCACCACACUGUACCAGUGUCUGGAUACGGGUUACGAGGAAAAUACACUCUUCCCUUCAGAGCUACGGUUUUCACAGCGGGCGGCAGUAAUCGAUCCACAGAUAUGUCCACAAAAUUCGGACCUGGUAGCGUUCGUAUGCAAUGGAGACAUUUGGGUAGUGCACACGCACAGUGGCCAUAGUGAGCGGCUUACGUACGCUCAUGAUGGUCGCCGUUCAUUUGCUGAGGAUCCACUAACAGCAGGUGUACCGUCGUACGUGAUGCAGGAAGAAUUUAGUCGAUACCAGGGUUUUUGGUGGCAGCCGGAGAGUCACGACGAAAUCUAUCGCAUCGUGUACGAGGAGGUAGACGAGAGUGAUGUUAGUUUAUACACCUUUCCCUCUUCACAAUCGUCGGGCAGAGACUACGAAGAGUAUCGAUUUCCGCGUGCUGGUACACCGAAUGCAAAAUCCAAGCUAAAGUUGGUCCAAUUUCGACUCUCGGAAAACCUGCGUAUAACGGACAUUUGCAUCAAAGAGCUGCAGUGUCCGUUAACGUUUGCAUUUCCCUGGUUGGAAUAUAUUGUGCGCAUCGGAUGGACACCGGAUUCAAAGUACAUUUGGGCACAAUUACUCGAUCGUCCACAGCAGCGACUUGAGCUCGUACUACUGCCAUUGGAUAACUUUUGCGAAAUCUACAGCAGCUCUUCGUCUUCGCCGAAUUGUGGUGCGACUGGCACCACAAACACGACUGCCACCGGUUCAAACAGUACAGCUAGUGCACCAUCGUACGGCUCCUCUCCCGGGCAGCAUCCUUCCCAGCAUCUUCACGGCCAUCAUGCACCACACCCGCAGCGAAAAUCAUCUUCCGGUUGGCGCUCACCGCUAGACAAAUCUACGCGCCCAUUGCAGGUGAUCUACUCGGAAACGUCCAACAGCUGGGUGAAUGUGCACGAUGUACUACAGUUUGUUGAGCUGUCCGAGCAGGAGGUGACGUUUCUAUGGGCUUCGGAGGAAACCGGCUAUCGUCAUCUGUACUUGAUUACGUCUAGUCUUAUCCCGCACGGAAGCAAUAGUAGCGGCAGUAGUAGUUACAAUAGCAAUAGUGUCGGAAAUCAUCACAGCACAAACCUUAGCAAUGUACAUCACAAACAUCACGGACAUGAGGAAGCGACUAAUGCCAACAUUCAAGCAAUAUCUAGCGUAUCCGAUCAUUCUCUUCCAUCGAUGGCUUGCAUCGGCAGUACGCUGAUACCACGCAUCGUCAACAAGGUGACCCUUACCGGUGGUAACUGGGAGGUGCUGGGACGAAAUGUGUGGUUCGAUAGAUUGCGCCAAUUGGUGUAUUUUAUGGGUCUUCGGGAAACGCCACUUGAGAAGCACCUGUACGUGGUAAGUCUUGCGAAACCUAAUCAACUACGACUACUUACCACGCCCGGUUUCUCGUUUACCGUCGAGUUUAACGAUGACUGUACACUAUUUCUACAAACGUACUGUAAUAUCUCGACGCUGCCAUCGUGGGAAUUAAUACGAAUAAGGCAUGAUGCGGACGGCAACAACAGCAAUGGAUGCAGUGUGUCGCCCUCUUCAGCGAUUGAUACGUUGGAAUUGAUCUCGGUGGGCUUUCUGGCCGAGGGCGGGCCCUCGGAAAAUACUCAGUACAACCCCUCCAUUUACAGCCCUCAGAUCUCGACCGGGGACGUACUGUAUGCGAUGGUGUUCAAACCACACAAUUUCAUGCUUGGCGUCAAGUACCCAACCGUGCUUAAUGUAUAUGGUGGACCGGAGGUGCAAACGGUUAGCAAUACGUUUAAAGGAAUGCGUCAACUUCGAAUGCACAUGCUCGCCUCGCAGGGAUACUGUGUGAUUUGUGUCGAUUCUCGUGGCUCGCGGCAUAGAGGCGUCGAGUUUGAAUCAUAUAUCCGAUGCCGGAUGGGCACGGUUGAAUUAUCCGAUCAGGUCGAGGUGUUGAGAAUUCUGGCCGAUCAGCUAGGCUACAUUGAUAUGGACCGAGUGGCAAUACACGGAUGGUCUUAUGGUGGUUAUUUAAGUUUGAUGGGACUAGUGCAAUAUCCGGACAUUUUCAAAGUUUCUAUUGCUGGAGCACCAGUAACUAGCUGGGAAUAUUAUGAUACAGGCUACACCGAACGCUACAUGGACCUGCCGGAUAAUAAUCGCUCCGGGUAUACUGCUGGUUCAGUGCUCAACUACAUUCAAAAGUUCCCUGACGAGGACAACCGUUUGCUCAUCAUCCAUGGACUUAUUGACGAGAACGUGCACUUCUAUCAUACCUCCCAGUUGGUCAGUCGCUUGGUUCGAGCGAACAAACCCUACCAGCUGCAGGUGUACCCGAACGAACGUCACUCGCUGCGUAACCUGGAAGCUAGCAAGCACUACGAGACGAAAUUGCUAUCGUUUCUGCAAAACCAUCUUUGAACCAACGAGUUGAACAAAGCGAAACCAAAAAGUCCCGCAUCUGGCAGAGGCCGUCGCCUGUUAUGUAGUGGCGCCGAGCGGGGUUCGGUCUGGCGAAGAUUGCGGCACGGUAGUUGCUGGUUUAUCUUUCGCUGUCAGUCCAACCAGCGCAACCAACGAUCGCUCGCUGGUUUCCGUCCGUCCGGAUCGACGUCUCUCUCACUUUCAGUCGAAUCAAUACCAACGACCUGCUCGUUGCGCUCGUCGAUGAUGAGCUUAGUGCGAAAGCUACGGCUGUUUCGUUUCCGCGCACUGUUAGACCGGCGUUAAGCUAGACAGCAAAGACCAUUGGCAACGCUUUUGUUCGUUCGUUUACUCGCUUUGAAAGCAAUGCGCUGGUGCUCGCCAUUUUAUUUAAGAAAACAGAUAAAAACUCGAUUUAAGAAGCAAGUCAAAUAUUUAACUGAUACUAAGCUACCAGGGGGAGCGUAAUGUGGAAAACUUUUAAACAUUAAGAUCAGAGGAAGAAAAAUAUUGGCGACCUUGUUCUUCGUGUCCGUGCUCUGUUAACUGCCUUUCCUUGAACAGGCAUCGAUACAAUAAGUUCUUCUUCCGGCAUGCUGUAAUUGUGAAUGAACCAAUGCCACUCUACCAGAAACGUAUGCUCGCCAUGUCCGUGUACAUGUCUACGGGCAUUGUUGGGGUCUUUUUUAUUGUUUACAUUUGUUUUGUGCAGAAGGAAGAAAAGCUGAAACGAAGCUUUCGCUGUUUAAGAGUGAAGUAAAAGUGUAAAAAAUGUGUAAAAAAAAAUUAGGUUGUGCCGUGCGGUUAGGAAUUUGAAUGUUUUAGAGGUUGUUACAAAGCAAUUUUUAUCCGUUUUAGACAUUACAUUUGUCACCGCUUACAAGAAGAUUCUUAUUUGCGCUUUGCUGGCAAAAAGUUGUUAGUCAUUUUCAUAACAAAAACAAAACAAAAAAAUCACUUUACGUUUAGUCAUUUACGGAACAAAACCAUGUGUCUGUGUUUUCGCGUUUUCGCUGCUAGUUUGGAGCUUUAGUUCAUUGUGUUGUUACAUUUUUAUUUUUUUAAACAAAUAUAUAAGAACCCGAUUACGAUAUUGUUUUCCCGCAAAGUGUAGCGGUUGUGUACUCAUCGGUCCACUUAAUAGUCGUUGGUGCUCGGCGACAAACAAUCUCUGGCGUAACACUUAAAGCUUGGACCAGAUACAAACGAAUCACACCAAUGUUUGAUGCUUUUAACAGGAGGGAAAAAAAUCCGACAGUACGCUUAAACUAAUCACCGAGUUCUGAACACAACGUACGAUAGCAGAACUUAACGAGCGACCUGUGUACGGAACGAAUAAAAUACUAUGCUAAACAAAA